AGACAAGAACUACUUGACUGCAUUGACCAAUUCAAUCGUUUUGAUCUCUUCAAAUUGAUCGGUCAUCCUCCCACACCAGAACUCCGGCGAUAUAUAUCUUGAUACAUCACCAGAACAGAAUCUCAGAGCAAUUGACAGCAACAAUGGCCUCACUCCCUUACAUCCGUCAAACAAUCCGACCAUUUACUGCUACCUCUCUGUCCCUGGGCUCUGCUCCGGUGUGCUCAUCGACAGCAUCAUUCUCAACAUCCUCGAUUCAGAGAGCUUUGAAAGAGAGUGAUCGCAACAGGGAUGGUCUCGAAAACGAGUACGAAACCUAUAAAAACGAAAACUUGAAAGACGUCAAAUCUGGCAAGGGGUAUUGGCGCGAACAACUCGCUAGCGAGAGUGAGGCAACUGUGAAAGCUGAUCGGGGGGAGGCUGUGAUUCCGGGGCAGGAGAAUUUUGUGAAGGGGGGAUUGAAGGAGGGGGAGACGUUGAAGAAGGAUAAGAAAUAAAUCUAUUCUGGAAUGAGGAGGGUGUGUAAUGGAGCUUUUUACAGGGUAUUAGGAGGGGAAUCGGUCGGGACGGAUGUAAAUACCUAGAUUGACCUUCAAAAGGAAGGAAUUGCUUGCUUGGUUAAUUGAAAAAUCAUGAAUAAUCAGGUCCAUUAAAGAGUGCGUGGUAUCUCGAGAUACAGCAAACCCAGAACGCCAUGCAAAAAGCAAAAGGGGAGCCAGCUACUUCAAAAUAACAAUCAAAAUAACAAGCACAAUAAUCAACCCAAUAAUAGUCAUCAUACUCCAAUUAUCUCCCGCUUUCCUCCGGAUCUUAUCCAGUCUGCGGCGCGCAUUAUUCAAUCGUCCCUGAUGCCGAUCAACAUGUUCAUCCACAUCAUCCAACAGGGCGAUUUGCCCUUCUAAUUCAUCGCCAAUCUGGAUACUCAAUUGGUGUUGACGACCGAUCGAUUCGCCCAGCGAAUCUAGUUGUGCGUCUUGUUCGGAGAGGAUCUGCUGGUGGUGCGCGUGGAUUUGUUGGUUGUCUAGGUUGGUUGUAUCUAGGUACCUCGCUGUACCUUCUUCACGGGUAGUAUUUGGAUCGUCUCGGUAGGGCUGUAAUAGUGCCGCUCGGUUUGAGUUAUAUUCAUCGUCGCCGUCGUCAUUAGCAUCUGUAAAUCUGACCGAUUUCGAAACCGGAUGUUGCGGAACAGGUUGCUGCAAAUUCGUCCCGCGAGUCGCAUGCGCAAAAUCUGGUCCUAGAGCUGGAUCGUUCGGUACUUUUGUGGCAUCACUCGGCUCUGACGAGCCGCUGCCAUAGAAUUGAGAUGCGAAAUCGUCGUACUGGCUGCGUAGUAAGCUUAUUUGUUCUCUGGUAUCGGUGUCGGUGCCUGUGUUGUUGGUAUCGUUUUCGAGGCGUUCGAGACCGUCGCGUAGGGACUCAAGAGAUCGGGAGAUUUCGCUGUCUUGGGUGUUUGGUUCGAGGUUGAGCGAGAUUGCGCGUUGUCGUUCAAGGAGGGAGAGUUUGAUGUGGUCUGCUAGGAGGAAGAGUUGGGAUGGGUGUGACAUGUUGUCUCUGUCUGUCGGUCUGUCUGUCUGAGUCGCAAAUUGGGUUGAUAUGCCCUGAUGCAGACUUGUAGAGUUCUGUAUUGGUAUGGUGGCCGUGGAUGAUGGAUGAGAAUGAAAUGGGUUGCCUGAAACGGGCCGAUUUCAGAUCCCGUGGCUUGCUUGAGGCUAAGUUAACGUGGUCUGUCCGCAAACGAUUAGUGGUUGUCAAUGACCAUGUAGUUAACCACUAGUUAACAGUAGUCAAUAGUUAUUCCUCUAUCAGGGUGUUGUUGUCAACAAUGUCAACAAUGUAGAGUAAUCGAUCAGGUC